AUUGAAUUGUGAUGCUGACGUGUUUCCUCCUUCUCUUUUAAACUGAUCUUCUAAAUCCCUAAAUUUCACCAAUUCACACUCUCCCAAAUCUCUCUUCUUUAACAACAAAAAAAAAAAUCACAGAGACAUAGAGAGAAGAAGAAACAGAGGCUCCAAAAAAAUGAUGAUGGAGACUAGAGAUCCAGCUAUUAAGCUUUUCGGUAUGAAAAUCCCUUUUCCGUCGGUUUUUGAAUCGGCAGUUACGGUGGAGGAUGACGAAGAAGAUGACUGGAGCGGCGGAGAUGACAAAUCACCAGAGAAGGUAACUCCAGAGUUAUCAGAUAAGAACAACAACAACUGUAACGACAACAGUUUUAACAAUUCGAAACCCGAAACCUUGGACAAAGAGGAAGCGACAUCAACUGAUCAGAUAGAGAGUAGUGACACGCCUGAGGAUAAUCAGCAGACGACACCUGAUGGUAAAACCCUAAAGAAACCGACUAAGAUUCUACCGUGUCCGAGAUGCAAAAGCAUGGAGACCAAGUUCUGUUAUUACAACAACUACAACAUAAACCAGCCUCGUCAUUUCUGCAAGGCUUGUCAGAGAUAUUGGACUGCUGGAGGGACUAUGAGGAAUGUUCCUGUGGGGGCAGGACGUCGUAAGAACAAAAGCUCAUCUUCUCAUUACCGUCACAUCACUAUUUCCGAGGCUCUUGAGGCUGCGAGGCUUGACCCGGGCUUACAGGCAAACACAAGGGUCUUGAGUUUUGGUCUCGAAGCUCAGCAGCAGCACGUUGCUGCUCCCAUGACACCUGUGAUGAAGCUACAAGAAGAUCAAAAGGUCUCAAACGGUGCUAGGAACAGGUUUCACGGGUUAGCGGAUCAACGGCUUGUAGCUCGGGUAGAGAAUGGAGAUGAUUGCUCAAGCGGAUCCUCUGUGACCACCUCUAACAAUCACUCAGUGGAUGAAUCAAGAGCACAAAGCGGCAGUGUUGUUGAAGCACAAAUGAACAACAACAACAACAAUAACAUGAAUGGUUAUGCUUGCAUCCCAGGUGUUCCAUGGCCUUACACGUGGAAUCCAGCGAUGCCUCCACCAGGUUUUUACCCGCCUCCAGGGUAUCCAAUGCCGUUUUACCCUUACUGGACCAUCCCAAUGCUACCACCGCAUCAAUCCUCAUCGCCUAUAAGCCAAAAGUGUUCAAAUACAAACUCUCCGACUCUCGGAAAGCAUCCGAGAGAUGAAGGAUCAUCGAAAAAGGACAACGAGACAGAGCGAAAACAGAAGGCCGGGUGCGUUCUGGUCCCGAAAACGUUGAGAAUAGAUGAUCCUAACGAAGCAGCAAAGAGCUCGAUAUGGACAACAUUGGGAAUCAAGAACGAGGCGAUGUGCAAAGCCGGUGGUAUGUUCAAAGGGUUUGAUCAUAAGACAAAGAUGUAUAACAACGACAAAGCUGAGAACUCCCCUGUUCUUUCUGCUAACCCUGCUGCUCUAUCAAGAUCACACAAUUUCCAUGAACAGAUUUAGAGUUACAUAUGUAUAUGUAUAUAUGUAUGAUUGAUUGUAUGUAUAGAUGAUACUGGAGAAUGAUGAGUUUUUGAGAAUCAAACUCUUUUCUUCUUUCUAGUGAUUGCCUUUAUUCCUUUACAUGUUUUGGUUCUCUGUACACUAUUUGAUUUACCUUUUUUACUUUCUUUCUUCAUUUGUCAGGAAAUGUUGGAAGAUAACAUUAAUGGUAAAAAGUUGGUGUGGACCGUUGUUGCGUUGGCAUUUCAACCGACACUCUUCUGACUCUUCUUUUGCAACUUCUUUGUCUUGUGAAGAACAAAUUUUUUGUAAUCUAAUUACUUUGUCUUGUUCAGUACCAAUUUAUAUCGGGAUCAAAGGGAAUAAUAAUAAAUUUCCAAGUGUUUUUAGCUA